UAUUCUCCGAAACCUCCCCACACCAGACAUGACAAACCAGGCUUUUCUGCUGCUGAUCGCUUUACUAAUGGUGCAACUUGCGUCAAGCGCUAACACAAAACAGCUUACAUCCGGAAUUCCAUUUGGUGAGGACAAGGCUCCGAGGGUAAGCUGGAACCGUCUGGUUGCCCUGAGAAAUAGGGCCAAUUUCAUUGGCCGAAGCUGCAAAGAAGUCAAGGAGAAAUACGUUCAGUCUGAGGAUGGGCUGUACUACCUGACCACGGCCAACGGGGUGGUGUACCAGACCUUCUGUGACAUGACCACUGCCGGCGGUGGCUGGACGCUGGUGGCCAGCGUGCACGAGAACAACAUCUACGGGAAGUGCACGGUGGGUGACCGCUGGACGAGCCAGGAGGGCAACAGCGCCAACAGGCCCGAAGGGGAAGGCAACUGGAUGAACGUGAAGACCUUCGGAACGGCAGAGGCAGCCACGGUGGAUGACUACAAAAACCCCGGCUACUACGACAUCGAAGCCGAGGACAUGUCCGUUUGGCACGUUCCCAACAAAACCCCCAUGACCAUCUGGAACCUGGCCUCCAUCAUGCGAUACCACACAGAAAGACGCUUCCUCAAGCUUUUCGGGGGAAACCUGUACCAGCUCUUCCACCGCUACCCGGUUAAGUACAACGUCGGGGCGUACUUGUCUGACAACGGACCCUCCAUUCCCAUCGUCUACGACCUCGGGGACAAAGAGUCCACCAAAAUGUUCUACGGGCCCAACACUAGAGGGGAGACCGAGGGAGGCUACAUCAGUUUCAGAGCCAUAAACCACGAGCGGGCAGCAACGGCCAUCUGCUCCGGGGUCAAACCCAAAGGCGGACAGGUUGAUGCAUACUGUAUUGGUGGUGGGGGGUAUUUCCCUGAGGGGAAUCCUCACCAGUGUGGCGACUUUACAUCUUUCGCCUGGGAUGGUUAUGGAACCAACAGAGGCUGGAGCGCAUCAAAAGAGAUGCUUGAAUCAUCGGUGCUACUCUUUUACCGCUAAUUCACUCUGUAUACCUUUUUUGGGGUAAAACUAUUUUGUCAGUUCACAUUAAUGAAAAAAAUUGCUAUUAUGCUCAUGCUUAUUUAAAAAAAAAAAAAAUGAUUUUCAAAUAACUCCUUGACUAAAAAUGUACAGUAUAAAGCCAUUCCAUGCCAUCAGAUAUAAAGUCUAAUGUCUUGUAAAAUAAUUUAAUUCUUAUAGCUGAAAUUGUGAGUGAGAAUUGAUUACUCAUAAAACGCAAUCCAUAGAAUGGUUGUUUUGAUACUCUUUCAUAAGGUUUUUAAAUGUUAACAUGAGAAAUAACUCAUUAACAUUGCAAUACUUCUGAAAUUUGGGCCUUACCCCAGACUCAUUUGAGAAUGAAAGAAUCUUCUUUAUUUUCUAAACAAAUUAUGUUUAAGGAUGUAUAAAAAUGUAUGGAAUGGUUUUUGUUUUCCUCUUUCAAAAAUGUGAAAAUAAAAGUACUCUUAAAAUGUGUGAGCAUGAAAUGAGCCUAAUGUAUUUUAUUUCCAUUAUAUAUCAAAGAUCAUUGGUUCAAAUCCCAGAACAGAACUGGUUAAACAAUCUGAGCCAGGAACUUAACCCUAAUUGAAUCUCAAAGAUGCUCUUAACAAGAGUGUCUUCAAAAUGUCUGAAAUGAAACACAUUAAAUCAAUACAUAAUAUUAUAGACACAGUGUAUGUGGAGUUGUGGGUGGUGUGAGAAAGAACAGUCAAAUAUUCUGAAUAGGAUAAAGAGAAGGCAAGGGCCAGGACUUCAUCCUUCACCUGGCUUUUAAACGGGCGUGAGGAUGAAUGGCAUUCUAUUCAUCCAGUAAUCUUGUCCUCUAUCCAACCUGACUUUAUAGUCAUAAUCCCAUUAAGAACAACACAAACCUCAUUUAGAAGCACAUUAAUGUACACUUUGACCUCAGAACACUGUCAUUCCUGCUCCCAACAGCAAGGACCCCCCCUCCUCGGCCCCCUUCCAUUGAAGAUCAUUCCUUUGAUCACAGAGUUAAAGCGCCAUAAGGGAGUCGGGCUAUAUCUUGAAGGGACAUUUGCCGCGUAGUCUUAACAGACGGAAAACAAUGACCUUCCUAGAAACAACUUCUCCAGAUACCGACGAAAUAAGAAUCCAUGUGUAUAAAAGAAGCAGACGACACCAUCAGGCACCUAUCGGAAUGGGUUCAUGACGACCUGCCUCUCCUCACAUCCGACGUACUUCUCCUAUAUCAGUGUCAUUGAGGGCGGGGAUUAGACAGGGUGACAGGAUAAUGGGUUACUCUGCUCCGUCCCUGUCCUUUGUCCCCAUUGUUUAUUUGGUCAUUGUGUUUUGGUCGUGUCGUUUUGUCGUCUAUGAUCUGUAAUUUAAGAACAUUCGUAAACAUGAUUUCUUGUUUUCGCUGUAUUUUUAGUUCUUUUUUAACACUGGUGUCUUGUUUUUUUUCCCCCGCUAUAAAAAGUCUGUUGUUACUAAAUGCACUAUGGGUAGAGAUUACAUUCCAGAUGACAGCAAGGAUGUUAUUGUGCAUUUUUUAAUCAAGAUAUUAACAGUUGUUCUUGCUUUCUAAAGUAUACAAAAGGGUUCUAAAAGGGUCCUAAAAGGGUUCUUCAGCUGGCCCCAUAGACAUAUAAAUCCUUUUUUGUUUUCAGUUAGAGCCCCUUUACCCCCAAAGGUGUUUUAUCUCAAACCAUAAGGUUUCUACCUGGAACCCAAAGUGCUCUAACUUAAAGAGAAAAAGUUAUUCAAAGGGUCCCCCUCUGUGGACUGCCAAAUAACCGUUUUUUUCUUUUUAUUUGUCCAUUCUGUAAGACAUAAAAGUUGUGAUGUUGCAUGCAAAUGUAAUGUUUAUAAUGCUGGCCCAUAUGCU